AUGAUUCAGAAUGGAAGAGUGGGUGACGCGUUGGCUAGGGGUGGUCAUAACGUGGUAAGGUUGUUUUUUUAAAAUUAUUGUUGCUCUGUUUUCAAGUGCAAGUCAAAUCAAAAAAAAAAGCAACAACAGAAGCGGCUCUUACAAGUUGGCUUUUCGUCACAAAUAAAAAGCACAAGAAGUGUUUUUUACCGAUUUCUUGUCAAAAUUUGACAAAAAUCAAGUCUGUUUGACAAUGUUUUUACCAUUUUCAUUGACUUCUUGAUACUUGUUUUAACAGAAAAUUACAAAGAAAAUUUUCCGAUAAGUUUUAGAAAAAAACUCAUUUGAUGUUUCAUUGAGCCAACUUUGAGCUUCAGGGGUUCUUUAACCGUUGCACACAAGCUAAAUCUAUAUACAUAUUAUUUGUGCCUUCCUCAAUUCGCUUUCCAUCUCUCAAUACCCUCUAUUCAGACUGUCCUCGAACUUGAUCUGGCCAUUACUCCCGGCUCGUUAAAACAAGUCAAGCAUGCUGACCUCUGGACAGAAACUUUUGAUUGGCCAGACCGGGUUCCUGGGGAGUUUUACAUCUCCGAUCCCAUUACUUUCACCUCCAUUGAUUUGAUUACGGGGCUACCCGAAUUCUUGGAAAUGUUUGGUGGAAGUUGUUUGGGUAAGUGAAAAAAAGUUAAAAAAUAAAAAACAUGGUAGGACAGCCCUGUUUUGUAAUGAGGGUAAGACUUGACACAAAAAUUUUGUGAGAACAAGACUUGACUCAUAGAUCUUUGAGGGCAACAUUGGCCACAUUAUGGCCGAGAACUUAUCGCUUUUAAUUUGGGGGAACACUUGACUCACUUUCUCUGAAUUUGAGAGGAAGGCAUGUCCCACAAAGGUCAAACUUUGCCUAUUUUUUCGAAGCAAAAUUAGAUAGCAAAUUCGAUAUUAGUACAAAAUUUCACUCAUUUUUAACGUAAUAUCAAUUGUUGUUCAAGAGGAAGACUUGACUCAAUUCCCAAAAACCGAUAAACUGGCGUUUAAAAAGUCGCGAUACCAUAAUCACCAAUCUUUUGUAGCAAUUCUCAAAUCUCCCCACAUCAUGAACAGGAUCCGCGACGCCAAUUUUGACGUCAUCAUGUUCGAACAAUUCGAUUUCUGCCCAUUUUUCAUCUCUCAUCUGUUGGGUAUCAAGGUGAAGGUCUGGAUGUCGAGUUGUCCCAUAAUGGAACAUCAAGCCAGUUUAUCCGGUGUUCCUCCGGCUUAUAGUUACGUCCCAGUUGCGGAUGGUUCGACAUGUAGUGAUAAAAUGACGUUCCCCGAGAGGUUCGUCAAUGUUUUGCUGGCUUAUGGACUGGAGAAUGUUUAUUUGAGGUAUUGGAAUGCAUACCAUGACAGGCUCAAGCAGGAAUUUGGGUAUGUUCUGGCCGAUCUUAUGAUGUUCACUGUGCUCGGGCAUUUUCUUGGCCUAAUGCUCUUGCUGGACACUUUAUGCGAAGAAACGUGUUUUGUCGUAUAAAAUGUCUUUUCCCACAUUUUUUGCUGGAAGUUGCAAGCUAAAACGAAUUGCUUACACAAUAUAUAUUAUUAUGUACAAUCAUGUGGUUUGAUUCGUUAGGUCGGGCCGCCAUUUUAUACGACAAAACAUAUUUCAUCGUAUAAAAUGUCGCCCUUUUAAGUAUCAGCUGAGAUUUCAAUUUAGCAUAGGCGGUUAUAAAAGAAACUUCCUAGUACAAGAAUUUUUUAGAUCCCGAAGUCUCAAUGGUCUUCAGUUGACAUUUUAUACGGUCAAACAUGUCUCAUCGCAAACCUGUCAUGAUUAGAGGUGGCAAUCGGGCUGGGCCGGCCCGGCCCGGCCCGGUGAUUGGGCCGGGCCGGGCCGGGCCUGAGCAGAUUUGAAAAAGCCCUGGGCCGGCCUGAUCGCUUCGGCCCGCGGGCCGGGCCGACACUUUCGGCCCGGCCCGGCCCGGAAGGUAGAUAAGUAAAAAAUUUUUAACGCUAAACCGGCAAAAUAAAGUACAAAUGCUUUGUAGAAUGGAUGGAAAUUAGAUUAAACCUUUUUUGACUUAUACGCUGUUUUACUACCCUUUAAAAUUAUGUAUGUGUAACUUAUUAUGUAUAUGUAAAAUCCCACCCAAAUAUGUAAGGGUCGGGCAAAAGUCUUCGAAUUUUUUUAUGAUAAAUUUAAAAAUUUCACUGUAAUUUUGAAUCCUCUAUGUAAAUAAAAGUGUUUAACCAGUUUUUGGUUAACCAUUUACCUUAUAACGUCCAUAAUUUUAUAUAGCUAACUUCCUACAGGAUUAAAAAAUUCAACACAAUCCAACUUUUUGGCUAGAUUUUAGCUACCUGUACGGAUGUUCCAGUCAUCCGACUAGACUUUUUAAUUUCACGCAGACACACGUAAAAACCUUCUGGAAAGCAUAAGAACUUCCAGUAGAAAGUGCAAAGACUUUUAUCCAACUUUUCUGUAUUAGCGGGCCAAACCGGGCCGGGCCGGGCCGGCCUGGGCUUUCACCGGGCCGGGCCGGGCCGAGCCGGGCCGGGCCGGGCCUGAGCAAAUUUGAAAAAGCCCUGGGCCGGCCUGGUCAAUUCGGCCCGCGGGCCGGGCCGCAAAAAUCGGCCCGGCCCGGCCCGAUUGCCACCUCUAGUCAUGAUGACAUUUUAAUUUUCCUUUCAGUCCAAAUUUUCCAAAUCCUCUGGAUCUUGCAAAGACCGUAGAUCUUGUUUUUAUCAAUACCGACGAGUUGGUCGAUUUCCCUCGCCCCCUGCCGCCCAACGUUAUCCAUGUCGGUGGUCUGGGAAUGAAGAACGUUGACACCAAAUUACCCUCGCCAUUUGAUGAGUUAAUGACACGAGGGAAUAAAGGAGUGAUCUACUUUUCAUUUGGCACCAUGGUUUCCACCAAUCAUCUUGGAGAGCGCUAUAUGAGCAAUAUUUUGGAGACUUUCCGGAAAUUCGAUGACUAUUUCUUUAUUGUCAAAGCUACGAAGAACGACACGAGUACACUGGAGUACGCAAAAAAUAUUAAGAAUGUAUAUGUGAGCACUUGGAUUCCUCAACCGGGAGUUUUAGGUGGGUUUUGGAAGCUCUAAAAUAGUCAUUUCAUGGAGUUAAAAUAUAGAGAUUUUUUCUAAAUCUUCAGCUCAUCCCCGCCUAAAAUUCUUCAUAACUCACGGUGGAUAUAACGGGAUAAUGGAAGCUUCUAGAUUCUCUGUUCCUCUAUUAGCUAUUGGAGUUUUUGGGGAUCAAACAAGGAAUGCGAAAUUGGUGGAAAGAAAUGGAUGGGGAGUGUCAUUGGAGAAGACUUCGCUGCUACAUGGGACGAAAGAAUUCGAGGAGAAAAUCAGAGAAAUGAUCAGCAAUCCAAAGUAAGUAGUGGUGUGAAGGUACUGUCAAAUCUUUGUACAUACAAAAAAUCCGAUGUAGUCUAGGAACUAUUUAAUUGAAGAACGAAAAAAUUUUUAACUGAAAUUCUCCGUUAUAACAAAAGUUCUUGUACAGCGGUAUUUAGUACGUAGAUUACACUAUAAAAGAUAGUCAGUCAAAAUCAUUUUUUUCCAACAUGACAUUUCGUACAGAAAACCCCUUCUAUAACAAAAAUCUCUGGCCCUUUGUGCUUCCUUAUAUACGGAGUUUUGAUUGUAUUUUUAAAGGACGGCUAAAUUUAAACCGUCCGUUUUUCUGGUUGAAAGACGAAAUGUCACAAUUUUUAUGUGCCUUUUCGUCAAAACGAAUCUUUAAUAAUUCAAAGUGAUCAAAUAGAUCGUAUAGAAUACAUUCUCAGUACACCUACAACUAUUUUUCUUUUGUUUUCUGGGCAUGGGAAAAAAAAUUUUGCUACAUUUCUUUUUCAAGCCAGAUUAAAAUUAAUAUAAUCGUCAUUGUUGCCUUAAAUUUGCACUUUUUUGAUUCUCUUCCAUACUAUCAUUUACUUUUCAGAUACAAGCAAAACGCCAUUCGAACAACAAAGUUACUGCGAACUAAACCGCAGAGUGGAGAGCAGCGGCUUCUGGCAUACAUGAAGUUCCUCGAGGAAAACGAAGGGCACUUGCCGGAGCUAAAGUCAAUAGCCAAUCAGCUGACGACUAUCCAGUAUUAUAAUAUCGAUGUUUGGGGUGUUGUAUUCGCCUCCGUAUUCUCGGUUGUGGGAUUGUUGUUUUGGCUUGUUAAGGGUGUUGUUGGGUUUCUUUUGUCAAGUUUGCGGAAAGAGAAACUGGAAUGA